AAGAAGUGUACUAACGGAACCUGCUUCUUAUUUCUCUUUCCGUUCUUUGUAUUUUUGGCCCAAAACCAUUCUUCUAGUUCCAGCGCCGAAAAGCAAAGAUAAAAAUAAUAGAACUCCAAAAGAUAGUAUAUCCACCAGGUCGACCGAGAGAGAAAACGGUAUCUGAGUUAGCUAUAUACACGGAAGAAAAGUUGGAUCUUCAGGGCUUCUGGUAAUGGCUUUGAGGCGUAUGCUUGGGUAUUCGGAUGGAGAGUUAAUGAGAUCAGAUGCAAAACCCUGCUCAAGGCUAAUGAGACAAACAGCUGGGAUUUUUUCUGUCGGAGGAGCAUUAGGAUUCUGGAUUCUUUGCCGAUUGCACUAUGGUCCUAGAAUCACAGUUCCUAGAAGUCUUAGAUGGGCAACUUGUGGGGCUAUUACUAUGAGCUCAAGCACUGCUUUGCUAGUUCGUCUAUUUAGUCCUGAAUGUGAACCACAAAACAUAGCUGCCUACGACAAGAAGGGAUGAUGUUGCUUUUCUUCAGAGAUCAGUAUGUAAAACUGAAGCAUGAUGUCCUAUUUAAUUCACGUCUCAACUUUUUAAGCAUUCUCCUUCCACAGGCAUCACACAUGUGGCUGCCCGUGGUAACCAGGGGAGAACGACCCAUGCUUAAAUGCUAAACUAUUUUCUCACUGAGGGCCUUUUUAUUUGGUGCGAACUGUUAUAUCAAUUUCUAUUGAGUAAAAAUGCUGCAAGCACUUGUGAAGUGAUGCUUAAUCUGUC